AUGGAUGAGAAAAAUUCCACCAAAGUGAAAGAGUUCAUACUUCUGGGGUUCACAGCAGACUUACGGUUACAGAGAGUGCUCUUUUUCAUCUUCCUUGUCAUUUAUGUCAUCAGUCUCUUAGGGAACAUCACGCUGGUUUCUUUGAUCUGUACUGAUUCUCGGCUCCACACACCCAUGUAUUUCUUCAUUGGAAACCUGUCAUUCCUGGAUCUCUGGUAUUCUUCUGUCUAUGCCCCCAAACUCCUGAUGACCUGCAUCUCUGAUGACAAAAGUAUUUCCUUUGCUGGCUGCCUAGCUCAAUUCUUCUUCUCAGCUGGUCUGGCCUAUAGUGAAUGUUACCUGUUGGCUGCCAUGGCUUAUGAUCGCUACGUGGCCAUCUCUAAUCCCUUGCUUUAUUCUCAGGCUAUGUCUGCAAGGUUAUGUGCCAGCCUUGUUGCAACUUCAUACAGUGGUGGCUUUCUUAAUUCAACCAUCAUCACUACUGAGACAUUUACCCUGAGCUUCAGUGGCAAGAACAUCAUUGAUGAUUUCUUCUGUGAUCUUCCCCCCCUUGUAAAGUUGGCCUGUGAUGUGAAGGAGAGCUACAAGGCUGUGCUUUACUUCAUACUUGCCUCCAAUGUCAUCAUGCCUGCCAUGCUUAUUCUUGCCUCCUACUUCUUCAUUAUUGCUGCCAUCUUGAAGAUCUGCUCCACCCAAGGCCACCUCAAGGCCUUCUCCACUUGUGGCUCUCACUUGACAGCUGUCACCUUGUACUAUGGUUCAAUUCUCUUCAUUUACUCCCGACCAAGUACUAGCUAUGCACUGGAAAGGGAUAAAGUUGUGUCAGUGUUCUAUACGGUGGUGAUUCCAAUGUUGAAUCCUUUGAUCUAUAGCUUAAGAAACAAAGAUGUUAAAAAUGCCCUGAGGAAAAUGUUAGAUAGAGCAAAGUUUUAUUAA